UGUGCUCCCCCAGGACACGGCUGGGCAGGAGCGGUACCGCACCAUCACCACCGCCUAUUACCGCGGGGCCAUGGGCUUCAUCCUGAUGUACGACAUCACCAACGAGGAGUCCUUCAACGCCGUGCAGGACUGGUCGACCCAGAUCAAGACGUACUCGUGGGACAACGCGCAGGUGCUGCUGGUGGGGAACAAAUGUGACAUGGAGGACGAGCGCGUGGUGUCGGCUGAGAAGGGCCGGCAGCUCGCCGAGCACCUGGGCUUCGAGUUCUUCGAGGCCAGCGCCAAGGACAACAUCAACGUCAAGCAGACCUUCGAGCGGUUGGUGGACAUCAUCUGUGAGAAGAUGUCGGAGUCUCUGGAUGCAGCCGACCCCGCCGUCACCGGCGCCAAGCAGGGCCCGCAGCUGUCGGACCAGCAGGCCCCCC